CCUUUACCUCCUGAAGCGAGAAAGAAAACCUAGCCCUCACGCGGUUAAAAUAACAGAAGAAAAAAAUAAACCGAAAAAAACUAAAAAAUAUAAAUUAUUGGGAAUUUCAAUUUCAGGGCUUCUAUUAGGGUUUCCAAUCGGCUAGAGAUUCUCAAACCCUAAUCCGUCAAUUCGCGCUCGUGAUCUUCGAUAUCUGUUGGAUGAAUCGAUUGUCCGGUGGCAUUUCGGUUGAGAUCCGGGAAAAUGUCCAUAUAUGUAUGAUGGCAUGUGAAAAUUAGGGGAAUUUUGGUGUGGGCGUGUUUGUUAUGUUGAUUUUCCAUGGAAGGGAGAGCAGAGAACACCAAUGACACUGCAAUUCCCAAGAAAUCAAGAUCACUGGAUCUUAAAAGUCUAUAUAAAUCAAAAUUGACAGAAAACACUGCAAAGAAGAACUUAAAGAGGAUUGGAAAUAGUAGUGGGGGUGGUGAUGAGAAGAGGAAGAAAAAAAAGGCUAGAAAGAAAGUCUUUUUAAGUAGCUUAGAAAAUGGUGAUGGUAGCAGUGAGUUGAAGUUAGGGGUGAGUCAGAGAUUGAGUAGUAGUAGUAGUACGCUAAAUAGAAUUUCAUUUAGUGUUGGUGAUGAUGAUGUUCAGAUUCCCAAGAGGAAGAGGAGUUUUGUGGGGAGGAAGAAAUCAGAACUUGUUCAAGCAUCAAAAGUGGUGGAGCAGUCUGGUCUGAAAAUUGGCUAUGGUGAUCAGGUGCCUAAGUUAGGCAGUGAUGAUUUGGGCAGUGGGGUUGAGUCUUUCAAGAUUAAGCAUACGAAAGAAUUUGAUGAAUUUAAGGAAAAUAGGAAUAGUGAUUCAAAUUCAGUUCAGCAUGUUAAGGAGGAUGGGGAUUGUGCAUCUCAUUCUGUUGUAAAUAGUGGUGAUUCUUCUUUAUCAAAGUCACGAAGGAAGAAUAGGAAGCGAAAGGCUUCAGCUUUAGAUAGAACUAAGGUUUCCAAGGAGGCUGAACCUUUGGUUUCAAGUUGUAAAAUACCUGGCGAUUUGCAAGAUGAAGAGGAAAAUCUUGAGGAGAAUGCAGCUAGGAUGCUAUCUUCAAGGUUUGAUCCAAGCUGUACUGGAUUUUCUAUGAAAGGUUUAAAUGGUUUGCCCUUUUUUGGAUCCUCUAGUCAAAGUAUUGUUAACCGUGGUUUAAAGUCUCAGUCAGGUUCAGAAUCAGCGUCAGCUGAUACUGCUGGCAGAAUUUUAAGGCCUAGGAAACAAUAUAAAAACAAGGGUGAUUCCAGGAAGAGGCGCCAUUUUUAUAAAAUCCUUUUAGGUGAUGUAAAUGCAUAUUGGGUACUGAACCGAAGAAUUAAAAUCUUUUGGCCUUUGGACCAGAGUUGGUAUUAUGGCUUCGUGGAUAACUACGAUGAAGGAAGCAAGCUUUACCAUAUCAAAUAUGAUGAUCGAGAUGUAGAAUGGGUUAAUCUACAUACUGAGAGAUUUAAACUCUUGUUACUUCGUAGUGAAGUUCCUGGAAAUGCAAAGGGUGAAAGAGCCUUAACAAAACGUAGGAGUUCUGAUCACCAAAAGGGAAGCAAAUUCAGUAAAGAAAGGCAAAGAACUACAGAGGAUGAUCGUUGUGGUGAGAGCAGUAUGGACUCGGAGCCUAUAAUUUCAUGGUUGGCUCGAUCUUCUCAUCGGCUUAGAUCUUCUUUUCAAGGCAUUAAGAAACAGAAAACUUCUGGUACAAUUCCAAGCACAAUGUCAUCAUUCUUAUAUGAUGAACCUGUUACAGGAAAGGGCCAUUUAGCUAAGAUUUCUUUGAGAGGUGUUAAAAAUAAUUUCUCUAGUGAUUCUGUAUCACAAGAUAAAUUAAGUGAUGAUUUUAGGGACAAGUCCUCAUUGCUAAGUGCCACUGCCACUAAAGAUGGAAAACAGCCUAUUGUCUAUUUCAGAAGGCGGAUUCGAAAGCCAGCUCCAAUAUCCCCUCAUAUCUCUGAAGAAAACUAUGCUAUUACAGGUGCAUCUGGUUCCGUUGCCUUUAACCAUAUGUUUUGUGGGGUUGAGAAAAUGAAAAAUCCAAGUAAUGGCAGGGCUGAGGUUGGGGGCCCAUUGUGCUUCACUUUAAAGGCGGGAGUAUCAAAAAUUUUUUGGGACAUGGAGUCAGCAUCAUUCAAAUUUGGCUUAAACUUUCCAAUGCGUUUGGUGUUGAAUGACUUUUUUCAAUCAGAAAAUUUGUGGUUGCUUUACAGUGUUUUGCUGCUUCGGUUCGGUACAGUUAUGACCAAGUGGCCUAGAGUUUGUUUGGAGAUGCUUUUUGUUGAUAAUGUGGUUGGGUUGAGGUUUCUAUUAUUUGAAGGCUGCUUGAACAUGGCUGCAGCUUUUUUCUUUUUUGUCCUUAGGGUAUUUCAUCAACCUGCUUACCGAGGGAAGUAUGUUGACUUGCAAUUUCCAUGUACAUCUAUUGGAUUCAAGUUUUCUAGUGUUCAUGUUAUUAAGAAGCCGCUUGUGUUUGAGUUCUAUAAUUUCUCUGAAGUGAAAAAUUCAAAGUGGAUGUGCUUAGAUUCUAAGCUUAAGAGGCAUUGCCUGCUCAGUAAGCAGCUCCAUCUUUCUGAAUGCACAUAUGAUAACAUCCAGGCACUUCAAAAUGGAUCAUGUAGGUUCUCCAUAACAUCUGUCAGUGGGUCCUCCUCAGUCAAGGUCAGGCAGAAGAGGAGUAGGCCAGGGAUUAACAUCAUGGGUAUUUCCAAAGUGUCCGCUCAAGCUGAUACUCAUCAGUAUUCUGAUGCUGGCAAGUGGAAACUUCCUCCAUUUGCUCUUUCUUUUGCUGCAGCCCCUACAUUUUUUCUUCAUUUGCAUCUCAUGUUGCUGAUGGAGCAGUCUACAAAUCGUAUAAGCUUUUGUGAUCAAACACCAAUAUUCGAUCAGGAAGACCCUGGUUUGGUGACAAAUGGAUGUACUAACACCAAUGGUUGCUCACACAGGAAUUCUGAAAUUAUUCUGAGGAAAGAUAUGGAGACUUUGUCAAAUGGUGUUGCAGGUGAUGGAGGGUCUUGCGCUGACUCAGAUCAUCCCUCUACCUGCAGUGAUAAAAUUCUCAUUCAAAAUUACCUGAACAUUGGUCUUAACAGUACUGGUACUGCCAUUUCCCAUGAUUCUGAGAGGCUUAGUACAACUCAGGUACCAGAAUGGAAAUGCCACCACCAUUUGGAGCAAGAGUUAGGCUCUUUACCUUCAAGUUCUUUAAUACGUCAAGAUAAGGCUGAUGAUGGUUCUCAUUCUUCUAUUGGUGAUCUCAGCAUUCAAAUUCCUGCAGUUGAUCAAUUUGAGAAACCUGGUGAUGAUGGUGAUUUAUGUGAUGCUGAACACUCUCCUGGUUUCUCUGGGAAUAUAAAUGGAGGUGGUAUUCCAAGCUCCAAUCCAACUGCUCGCAGAAGUUCUUGGUAUUGGAACCGGAAUAGUUCCUUGUCAUUGGGAUUUCAGUCUCAUGUGUGGUCUGAUGGCAAGGCUGAUUCUCUUUGCAAUGAUUUUAGCAAUGGACCGAAAAAACCGCGUACACAAGUGUCAUACUCAGUGCCUUCAGCAGGGUAUGAAUUCAGUUCAAAGCAGAGAAACCAUCAUCAGAAAGGGCUUCCUCACAAACGAAUUCGAAAGGCUAGUGAGAAGAAGUCAUCAGAUGUUGCUAGGGUCCUUGAAAAGAAUGUUGAAUGCUUAUCUUGUGGUGCAAAUGUCUUGAUUACUCUUGGUAAUAAGGGCUGGAGAGAAUCUGGGGCCCAUGUUGUACUAGAGCUGUUUGACCACAAUGAGUGGAGACUCUCUGUGAAACUUUUAGGAAUUACUAGGUAUUCAUACAAAGCACAUCAGUUUCUGCAGCCUGGAUCAACAAAUCGGUACACACAUGCAAUGAUGUGGAAAGGAGGGAAGGAUUGGAUCUUGGAAUUUCCUGAUAGGAGUCAGUGGGCUCUUUUCAAGGAGAUGCAUGAGGAAUGCUACAACCGUAACAUCCGUGCUGCUUCAGUUAAAAACAUACCUAUUCCUGGUGUUCAUUUGAUAGAAGAAAACAAUGAUAAUGGAUGUGAAGCAACUUUUGUUCAGAGCUGUAUGUACUACCAACAGGUUGAAACAGAUGUUGAGAUGGCUCUGAAUCCAUCCCUUGUUCUGUAUGACAUGGAUAGUGAGGAUGAGCAGUGGAUUUCAAAUGCUCAAAAUUCUGUAAAAGACAACAACGACUUGAGUUGGAUCUCAGAGGAGAUGUUUGAGAAGACAAUAGACAUGUUUGAAAAGGUUGCAUAUGCUAAGAAGUGUGAUCAUUUUACUCCUAAUGAGGUAGAGGAACUCAUGGUUAAUGUUGGGCCUUUGUCAGUUGUCAAAAUUAUUUAUGACCAUUGGCAGGAGAGAAGGCAGAAGAAGGGGAUGGCUUUAAUACGGCACUUUCAGCCCCCUCUAUGGGAAAGAUAUCAGAAGCAAGUGAGAGAGUGGGAACUAGCCAUGACCAAGAACAAUGCCCAUUCUAAUGGAUGCCUGGACAAGUUUACAACUUUGGAGAAGCCAGCCAUGUUUGCUUUCUGUUUGAAACCUAGGGGUCUGGAAUCACUGAACAAGGGAUUGAAACAUCGAUCCCAAAAGAAGAUUUCAGUCUCUGGGCAUGCAAACAGUAAUCUAGAUCAGGAUGGCUUCCACACUUUCAGAAGAAGACAGAAUGCUUUACCUUUUGGCGAUGAAAAGUUCCUAUACCAAGGCCACAAUUACGAUUCUUUUGAUGAUUCAUCAUUGGCUCUGACCUCACCAAGGGUAUUCUUACCUCGUGAUGCUGGCAGCUUGAAAUACUAUCCUACUAGUAAUGGAGCGGGAUAUAGAAAUCAUAUCCCAAAAUUUCACAAGUCCAGAUAUGAUACGCCUGGUAGCAGGCAUCACCUUCUUGCUGGCCCUAUGAGGCAAGGGAUUGAACAAUUGGAUACUUCAGUCCUUGAGGAGUUAAGACUACGUGAUGCUGUGGCUGAGGCUCGUUUUAAACGCCAUGUGGCAAAGUUGAAGAGAGAUAGGGCUAAGAGAUUGUUAUAUAAAGCAGAUGUAGUAAUUCACAAGGCCAUGAGUGCUCUAAUGACUGCCGAAGCAAUGAAAGCUUCUGAGGGGACUCCCUUGGUGAAAUGAAAGCUUUUGAGGACUAAUCUGGUAAUUCACAUGGCCUUUGGUUUACUUGGUCAAGAGUUGUGGCCUUAUUUUCAUUAUCCAGGGUGUUCAAUAAUGAGAGUUGGGUUCAGUGAGGGGAGGAGAUUUUAUUGCUGCAUACUGCAACUCCCCUCUCCCUGUCUAGUGUCUUCUGGAACCUUUUCCAGCUUUGGGAUCUGCUCAGUUCAGAGUAACUGUAGCACUGAUCUGCAUGGUGUAUAGGUCUAUGAAUUUUUGACUACCUAUAUUUGUACAAAUUCCCUACCCCAUCUCAGUUUCAAACAUUCAAUAUGAAAAUAGAAAUCGGCCAAUAAUACAACACCAUUUUGAAUAGGAAAUAGUUCUGUUUCUUCCUUAGUUUUUAGGUAAAAUAGUAGACUAAUGCAUGAUCCGGAAUUCUUCGUUCUGUUUUUA